CUUGUCUCUGCACGUUAUUCAAUCGCACAAAGCGUAUGUACAAAAAGUUUAUAUAUAAAAAAUUAUGGAAAAUUACUUUUAUUUAGUUUCUUAAUUUUUCAAAGCGUAAAAAAUCCAGUACUGAAACUUUCUCAUACUCUAGAAGCUCUAGCCUCUAGUUUUUUAUAAACAGGUUUCUGUUAAAAAAAACGUGUACGUGAGAAUGAAUUUGAAAGGGUUGGCAAGUGGCUAAACAAAAAAAAGCAAAAGUCAUAACCGGCGCCAGUACAUCCAACCUUCUUGGUACGUCUAAAAAAUGAAUUGAAUAAGGUUAACCAAACCAAGGUUAACCUAAGUUUUAUUUCCCUCCCUCUUGUAUUUAUACCUAUUUUAUAUUUUGUUUAUUGCGUGCUUAAGCACUUACAAAAUGCUUGCGAAUGCAAAGGUUCAUUUUAAAGUACUGCUUGAGAAAUUAGGCACGUGUUAUCUUUGAGGUGUUAUUAAUAAUUUGAUAAGUAGCUAAGUUGUAGGUUGUCAUGACUACCCAUUGAAGUACGCCAUCAUGGUACGAUUGCAAUUAUGUUUUGGCGUUGAAAGAAAAAUGAUUCUUAACUUGUUAUUCUUUCAAUGUGAUUCUUAUAUUUGCUUACAGAAUAACGUGUCUCGAGUCUUCUCCUAUAUCUAUUAUAUUUCUUUUGUUUACCUUAGCGUUAACUUUUCAGGGUAAUUUUAUAUUGAAAGUAACAGCAUUCGAUGAAGAUAGCCCCACCGAAAUUGACGAAGUUGAUAGUGUAAUACAUACCAUAAAUACAACUACAAUUACACUUCGAGAAUACAGUCGCAUCAAUCCGUUUGAAACAACUUUGCAUGGUAAAGUCAGCGAGCUAACAGUAGCAAUAUGGGCUGCCUGUAGCGUCAAUUACUACGGCGCCGAUUGUGGAAAACAUUGUGUUGGCCAAAAUAACAUAGAUGGUCAUUACGGCUGUAACACUAGCACAGGCGACAUUGUAUGUUUGAAAGGUUGGACAAACGUUACGACCAAGUGUACAAGGAAAGACAUAUUUUUAACACUUUCAAUGAAUGGAAAUUUUCAACAGAUCAGCGCACGUAUUUUUUCCAACGUAUUGCAUGGUAUCAUACUUCAAGAGAUAAACACACGGUGUUUACAACAUGAUAAUAAGCAACAAAGAAGAAGAGCGUGGAGUACAAAUGACACUGUGGUGGAAUUUAAAAACGAAAAUAUUACGAGAACUAAUGCUUACAUUGAAGUGACAGUUAAUAUUGAUGGAAAAAUUCAGAGGGAAAAUAUUUCAAGCUGUUUACAAAACGCAAUAUACGAAUCUUCUCUGCUACGCAAACGCUUACAAAUCAGUACAGUGAGUGCGUGCGUAGAUUCAGCUUCGUGUAAAACAGGCAUUACAAGAGGGGACAACAAAACAAAGAAAAGAAAAAAAUACAUAACAUUGAUCAUUGGUAUUAGCGCUGCUGCACUCGUAUUCCUCUUCUCGAUUUUCAUCGUGCGUAUUCAGAAAAGGUCUAAAAAGAUUGAUGUUGCUACAGAUAAGAAGAGUGUUGCUAUGACUACCAACAAUAACAAUGCCGUUCUUUCUCUGGGGAGCGUGGAUGACAAAAAAGAUGAAAAAAUUGAAGUAAAUACAGGAUGAAUUGCUCAACUUUUGUAUAUGACUUAUGGAUGGAACAAUUAAAUAAAAGGGCAUGUCAUUCCAACACUGCCGAAACUCAUUAUUCGAUAUUUAAGUAGCUAAUUAGAAGAAGAAAAAGAAGAAGACGGAAAGCACUUUAGGACAUUGGCGUAUUAAAACAUUCAACGACGACAAUUAAGAAUAAAUGGAGAAAACAAACGAAUCUC